GUUCCGGUCCCUCCUGGGGACCUUCGCGAUUGGUCGGAGGGGGCGUGACGUUGGUCGGCUUCCGGGACGCUUCGCAGGCAAGAUGGCGUCGGGCAGCGGGGCUAAAAACCUGGACUUCCGUAGGAAGUGGGACAAAGAUGAGUAUGAGAAACUUGCAGAGAAACGACUCACGGAAGAGAGAGAGAAGAAAGAUGGCAAACCUGUACAACCUGUCAAGCGUGAACUUCUUCGGCACCGAGAUUACAAGGUGGACCUGGAAUCUAAAUUGGGAAAAACCAUUGUUAUCACCAAAACAACUCCUCAGUCUGAGAUGGGCGGAUAUUACUGUAAUGUCUGUGACUGUGUAGUGAAAGAUUCCAUCAACUUCUUGGAUCAUAUCAAUGGCAAAAAACAUCAGAGGAACCUGGGCAUGUCCAUGAGAGUAGAGCGCUCCACGCUGGAUCAAGUGAAAAAACGCUUUGAGGUGAACAAGAAAAAGAUGGAGGAGAAACAGAAGGAUUAUGACUUUGAGGAAAGGAUGAAGGAACUCAGAGAAGAGGAAGAAAAAGCUAAAGCAUACAAAAAAGAAAAACAGAGGGAGAAGAAAAGAAGGGCCGAGGAAGACUUGGCAUUUGAGGAGGAGGAUGAAAUGGCAGCUGUAAUGGGCUUCUCUGGCUUUGGCUCAACCAAGAAAAGCCACUGAUUAGCCUGGAACUUUCCUGUGGAUGUCUGUUGUUUCUGCCCAAGUGAUGCGUGGAAAAACCCUUGGAAGACUUUACAGAGAAUUUGUAUCUGAAAGUCCUGGUAGAAGUUGACUCUGAGAGUCAGGCAGCAAGUCCACAACUCCUGUGUGGGGCUGUACUGGGCUUUUCCAUCUCUAGUAUCCUGCCUGCCUGCCUGCCUGCACAGAUAGGAUCACAUUUGCCUGUAUGGUGGUAAACCUGAAUAUCAAAUAAAGAACUUUGUAUUAGCAUCUUCCCUCCCUUAAUCUCCUUACAGUACUUUGAGAUAAACCAAUUUUCAGGAUUUCUUAUUUGUGUUUUUUAAAUCUGUUUCUUUAAUGGAGCAUGAAGCUGAAUGUCCUUUCAGAACUCCACAUUUCUUGGCCUCACUUGCUGCUGUCGCUGCCAUUUCUUUCUUUACCCUUAGUCCUGCUUGCUUCUCAUUUUGUGUCCUUGUGUGCAUGAGGGACUUUCUAUUGGGUAAUUUUUUUUCUCUUAAUAAAGUGAUAAAAAUCUGA